CACUCACUCCUCAAGCCCACUCCGGCCAACUCACACGUUGGUUAACCAUCUUGGCCCUGUGGCUCCUUCUUGCAUACCCUUCGGCUGGUCCAUCCCUCACUGGCGUUGCCGAUGUAGCGCUGACAAUCACUUUUUGUCUGCAACCGGAGCGCGUGAUCACAAGCAUAUGUCAGUGGCAUCUUAAUCUUGUCCUGUUUACAGGCAACGACGACACUCUUCCGCCACGAUCCAAGCGAUACCGGCGGCGACAUGGCGGUCACCGACGCGCUCCCCAUCGUGGACCUGGCGCCUUUCUUCGCCGGUGGGGACGACAAGGGCGGCAUGGCCCGCGCCACCGAGGCCGUGCGCGAGGCCUGCCGCACGCACGGGUUCUUCCGCGCCGUCAACCACGGCGUGCCGGACGAGCUCAUGGCGCGCGCGCUCGAGCUGUCAGCCGCGUUCUUCGCGCUGCCGAACGAGGAGAAGGCCAAGAUCCGGCCGGUCGAGGGGUCCAAGGCGCCCCUACCGGCAGGCUACGCGCGGCAGCCGAUGCACUCUGCCGACAAGAACGAGUACGUGCUGGUGUUUGAUCCGAGGCUCGGGUUCAACGUGUACCCCACUGAGCCAGCCGGAUUCAGAGAGGCAGUGGAGGAGUGCUACGGCAAGCUCACCGAGCUGGGGCUGCGCAUCCAAGAGAUCCUGAACGAGUGCAUGGGCCUCCCGCCGGGCUUUCUCAAGGACUACAACAGCGACCGCGGCUUCGAUUUCAUGGCUGCGCUACGCUACUUCCAGGCAACGGCGGCGGAGAACAACGGCCUCAGCGAGCACGAGGACGGCAACUGCAUCACCUUCGUCUUCCAGGACGGCGUCGGGGGCCUCGAGGUCCUCAAGGACGGCGACUGGGUCCCGGCGGAGCCCGUCGACGGCAGCAUCAUCGUCAACAUAGGCGAUGUCAUACAGGUGCUGAGCAACAACAAGUUGAAGAGCGCGACGCACCGGGUGGUGAGGAAGCCAGUGCACAGGCACUCGUUCGCGUUCUUCUUCAACAUCCACGGCGACAAGUGGGUCGAGCCGCUGCCGGAGUUCACGGCCAAGAUCGGCGAGGCGCCACGGUACAGGGGGUUCCUGUUCAGGGAGUACCAGCAGUUGCGGAUGAGGAACAAGACCCAUCCGCCGUCCAGGCCCGAGGACGUCGUCCACAUCACCCACUAUGCCACCUAGCUUGGGAAAAUAUCUUCGAUGCGCAGAAAUGUAGAAGCAAUGUUCGCAUUGCGUAAUUGGAUUUGUCUACAACAAAUCAAUUGUCGUCUAGUCCGCUUAGGAUUUCUGGCUUUCACCCAGGCGACCCGGGUUAAAACCCCGGCAAUGGAAUUAUUUUUUGUUCUUUUUUAUUUCGUUUUAGUUUAUUGAACUGCCCGUCGUUUUCAUGGCCUCGUUUCGGUGUUCCUUUGUCUGCCA